UUCAAAAGACUAGACGUGCCUCCUACGCCGUCGUCUGGGCCCGGCGCUUGAAAGCUUCCAACCACUCUCUCCAGAAUUGGCUCUUCAUCAACUUAUGUCACUAACCAUUCAUGAUCAUCACCCGCACCUCCAACCUCUGCUCCUUCACGUAAACGAAACCCCAGUUGAUUUUGCCAAGCACUAGCUUCCAUGGCCGAGAUUGGUAAUCCCACCAAGAGAUAUCGGUCGGCGGCGCCGCCUCUUCCGUCCCCUAUUCCCACGGCCACGGGAUCCCGGUCCGCCGCGGACGAGAUCUUCUUGCGGUACCUCGAAGCCUCCUUGCUCGUUCCCGAGCUGGACCAGCUGGGGCCUCAGCAUCCCCGCCGAGUGCCGGAUGUCAUCGAUCUCGAGUCACUCGUGCUGCGAGACGGCGCGUCGGUGCACAGGCUCCUGAGGUCCGCCAGAGAGUUCGGCGCGUUCUGGAUCCGCGGGCAUGGGGUUUCGGACGAGGCGUCACGGUCGCUGGCAAGGGAGGCCGAGAGGGUUCUGGAAGUCCAAAAGAAGAAGGAGGAGGGCGUCGAGCUUCACGAGGAAGGUGAUUCCGCCGGAGAAGGGCGCGGUGGGGAUAAGGAAGAGGUGAUGAGGAUUUGCUUCAGGGGAGGAAUGAGAUGGGGACAAGAUUCUGUCGAGGCCGAGACCUAUCGAAACCUUAGACAAGCGAUUGGGGAGGUGACAAGCAAACUCGAUGCGGUAGCACAAGAAGUGAGCCAAGUUCUUUCAGAGAACCUGAGGGCGAAGAAGCCUCGUGAUCUUACUGAAAUGGCGGAACCGACCUUGUGCGUGCACAGACACGUCCGUGAUCGUCGUAUCGUAUGCAGCCCAAACCACCAAGCCGAUGAACCUUUCGAUUAUGCUCUCAGCAUCCACCUCCCCGUCGGGAAACACGGCGGGCUCUACCUCCGAACUUCGAGUUCUCCUCCGUAUGCUUUUCCCACAAGCCCUGGCACGGUGCUUGUCGCCUUAGGAAAACCGGUCGAGGAGUGGAGCGAUGGAGAACUCAAAUCUGCUUCAUGGGAACCCAUUUUUGGUCACGACGAUCAGGAUCCUGAUCCUACCCAAAACGAUGCGGCUGAGACCCUUUUCUCCUUGGACUAUAAGUGUUCGCCCCCAUGGUUGAGUCGAAGUCGCGACGCGACUCUAAUGGUGGUCUCCAUUCACGAUCAAAUCCUAAUCGCCCUUUUCCUCGCUUGCUUGAUGUAUUCUCUCUCGUUCCUAUUUUCCUACUAAGAUCUUCACUCGAUUAAACCGUUCGAGAUCACGAUACGCCACUUUGGAAUGUUUAAGGAUCACGAUCCGCAUACAUGUUGUGCAUGGCACAUGCGUAGGUAGUAUACAGUGUGCUCAUAUGAUCACCACUAGAUGCUCCUAUUGGUGAUGUCGUGUGGAUUUCCUUGGGAUAUCAUGUAAGGUGAAUGUGCUU